CGUCAGUACAACAGCUAUCGAUGAAAUGUGAACGAUAAAAUGUCAUAAUACACAUAUAAAAAAUAUAUAACUUAAUCUCGAAAUGUCAAUCUCUACUAAGAAAUAAAAAUAAAUUGAACUCUGUUUGUAUCUUAUUAUAUCCGCCUUGUGUUGUGUUUUUUGUUUUCAAUUUCGAUGGAUGAAAAGUCAGGUGACUCGAAAAACAUGUCGCCCCAUAACAAUCAUGAUCCUUCCGAGAAUUCCAAUCAAAAUGUUGAUGAAGCCGAUCUGCAAGAAAUGGCUGCUGUCAAUGACAGCCUUGAUGAGCUGAGCACUGUAUUGGAUUUCUUCGAACAGCGCACUGAUAACAUUAUCGAACAGUUAAAAGAGCUGCUGCACUCUAAUCGUGAGAUACGUCAAGAAUUGGCUUUGGAAAAUGCCGCCAACGCAGUGGAAAAUUUAGAUUUAGAAAAGCCAGAAAACUAAAAAUUGCUUUAAUUUCUUAAGCUCUUUUUGUUUUGUUUAUCAAACUUAUUUCACAAGUAUUACAAAUUGGGUGAUUUAUGUUUUAUUCUUAGACGUCGAAAUAAAGUACAAUAAUUCAAAGAAACGUA